UUUUUUUGGUUAUAAAUAGCCUAGGAGAAGCUGUGUGGCAACCACACUCUCAUUCAUCUACUCCUUUAAUAAUUUAGCUUUAUUUAACUCAUCUUAGCUUCUUCAUAUAGACAAGCUAUCCUAGCUAGCUUGUUCUUGUUAUUGUUGUUCCAUGGCGGCUUCUAAUAACCAUGCAUUCCAGCAAGAACCCAAGCAUGUUAUCCCUAACAAUGGCGACAUGGAGCACCAACCGAGAUCGCUGGACGAAGAACAUAAGAAAGCGGGAUUUGAUUACGCAAAGCGGGCGCCGUGGCUCCGCGCGGCGGUUCUAGGAGCCAACGACGGAUUAGUCUCCAUAGCUUCUUUGAUGAUGGGCGUUGGGACGGUGAAGCAAGACAUCAAGGCCAUGAUCCUCACCGGAUUCGCCGGCAUGGUGGCCGGCGCGUGCUCCAUGGCCAUCGGAGAGUUCGUCUCCGUGUAUUCGCAGCGCGACAUAGAAGUCGCGCAGAUGAAGAGGAACAAGAACCGGAACGGGGAGGUCGACGCCGGGGAAGAAGAGGGAGAGAGUGACGGCGACGAUUUGCCGAAUCCCAUGCAGGCGGCGGCGGCGUCGGUGGUUGCUUUUGCAAUGGGCGCAAUGGUGCCUUUGCUAGCGGCGUCGUUUAUAAAGCCUUAUAAGGUGAGGAUUGGGGCGGUGAUUGCGGCGGUUACUGUGGCUCUGGUGGUUUGUGGGUGGCUUGGGGCGGCGUUAGGCGGUGCACCUAAGGGUAAAGCCUCGGUUAGGGUUUUGAUUGGGGGGUGGCUUGCCAUGGCUAUAACAUCUGGAUUAACAAAGUUGAUUGGUAUAAAAAGCGAAUAAAAUUAAAUCCAUCAACUUUAGGUACAUAUAUAUAGCUUGUAUAUUUCUCCUGUAUUCUCAUCCAUUUGUUAAGAGAUCAGGCAGAUCCGCCAAGGACGUAGCAGGUUUAAUGAUCAAAUAUAGCAGACUAAUAAUGUCUUGUACCUCAAUCCACAUGUAAUAUAAUGUCUUCUCAUCUCAUGUAUUACAAUAUUUCUUCUCAAAA